UAUAUACCGGUGGACAUACAAGAACGUGUUUGGCUCGAAAAAUUAUCAUACAAUGUAAAUGGAAAACACCACAAUUUCAUGGCACGGGGUUUACUUGAGCCCAAACACAUGGAAAUAGCAGACAACGUUUUAGGACAUUCCUUUGUUUUAGCAAAUAUUCACUAGAUGAAUUGGGAAACUGUUCGAAAUGCAGUGAGUGGUGGAAGAGCAGUGGGCGUUUGGAGCUGAUCUAGUAAAUAAACGUAAUUCACUCUCUAUCUGAAAGAAAGGAACAGGAGUAGAUUAUCACCUCAGACCAUAAAAGGCGUAGAUAUCACCACUUUCGCAGCUGGGGUCAACACUCUUUGUUUGUCUUAGGCCACACCAAUUUAAUUCCUUGGUUCACGGAUUCGCCGCUUCGUUUUUUGCCGAAUGGAAAUAAAAAUAAAAACAACUUAAAAAUGACCCGCAACAGAGCUGGCUCAAAAGCAGGCAAUGUUUAGUGAAAUUUGCUGCAGUUCAAGCAAAUGUUAACAGGUGGCGUCUACAUGCAAUGGUCACAUGAUGCAAGUUAGCCAACCACACACCAUUAUUCUACAGAGGCAAAUUCAAGCAAGUUUACAAGAAGUUUUUUGCGAUGCCGAAAAACUUUGUACUAGAUGAAGCAUGGAGCCAGUACACGUGCACACACAUUUUGUAAUGGUCAAAAUUUACCAUGGAAGCAACAAAAUAUCUGAUGUGGUACAGCUGGUCAAGGGAGAUGAAACUUUUGGAGAUAUUUUCACAAAAAGUUUGCCUACAUCAUCAGAUCCUAAUAGUAAUGACAACUACAGCUCACUCAGAUCUCAAAACACCCAUGUCUAUAUCAGCCAACAAGACAGCAAAGACUGUAGUGGUACUAAAGUUGACCUCCACCAUCCAGUAAGUGUUGCCAUAACUUUCAACUGUAGGCAUAUAACAUACAAUGUACAAGCAGAACAAGAGAAGUCGUCCAGCAGUGGAAACGAGAAAAGUGCCUUUGAUGUUCUAAUGAGUGCACGGAGGGAUGACUCCCACCUACCUCCAAAGAAGGAUAAAGAAAAGUCGAUUGCCACAGAGCAGUUAUUGAAUGAUGUUAUUGACUAUAUGGACACUGUAGAGGCAGGAUUCACUAAGGAUGACAUACAUGUAGGCACACGUGUAGCUAGUCAACUAAGGGAUUGUCUAUGGUAUCUUGAUGCCCACCAUGAGAAAUUCAAAGCAAGGGGAAUUGCCAUCCCCUUGACAUUUCAAGGUUUCCAAGGGCGUCACAGAUGGAAGGAAAAUAGACAUUCGGAGCCCAGUCUUACUAAAGAAACACUGAGCAGUCACAUUGAAAAGCUCUCAACCUUGCUUUUGCUACCAGUUGUUCAGUCUAGCAGGAAUAAGAAGUUUGUAAAGGAUGUGUCUAGUUUGUGUGAAGCAAUAGUGCAGUAUAGGACUUACCUACAACAGUCUUGUGUGCGGGUUUCACAAACCAAGGCCUCAACAACACCAGUGCGAAAUCCUGCGAAUGCUGCAGAGGGCAAGACUCUGCUUGCCUCCAGUAAAUGCAACAGGGAGUACAAGGCUCUGAUGGAAUGCCUAGACAACAGCCCUACUUACCAUCCCAUUAACAUAUCAGAAUUUGCUCCAGUAGACAGGUUUCAAAGAAGAAAGUUUAUCACACAUCUGGAAGUGACUCAUGAUGUUUCAAUAUACACAAUGCCAUAUGGCAAUUAUCUGGGAACAGUGACCCUUCUGUGGAGGGUGGACAGGGAAAGACAUGACCACGAAUCCCGGAACGCUGCGGUAAUUAUGAAUGUAACGAAACGAUUACCGCAGUACUCAACAAGGGAGAUGAGGCGAUGUUUUAUUUCCAGAUAUAGUAAUAAAGCUAAUCUCCAACCCAUGCUCAUCAGGGCAAUCUAAAAAAAUCUUACACAAGACUCUGCAGCAGCAGAAAGCUAUGACCAAGAACUGAUAGAUGAUAGGGUCAAACAGUUCUUCUUGGAGACAGAGGAAGCUGAUAUUUUGUGUGACCUUCGGAAGUGCAAUGGCAACCCAGGGAGCACAAUCUUCGAACAGUUUUGGCAAGAAACUGCUAAACUACUAGAAGAGUGUCAAGUAGAUGCAAGAAGACAUGUACAAGAAUACAUGUACUUACCUUUUGUGAUAUCUGUUGAAGACCUGCAAAGGAAAGUUGAAGCAAGGAUGCCACCAGGGUCAGCCAUUCCUUCUGUUGAGUGGAUAAGGCUACAGUUCUGGCCUACCAACCCUUUUACUAACAGAGCUGUGAGGCACACCUUUAGGUUUGAUGUCAAGUAUGCAGUCCAGUCAAGAGUACUCAGGGUGGAACAUGAGGAUUCAAAAUAUGCCUCAACCCAAUUCAAAUACAUGAAGGAGUUUGCAUGCAAGUACAGAGAGCAUGCAAAAAUGAUCUGUCUGGACGACAAAGCCAUAGUUCCGUUAGGAGAGCCAGGGCAUCCUGUAUCAAGCGGGGUCCGAGGACACAACAAGUCAUUAGUUCCAGUGGGAACUCCAUUGGUUGCCCUUGACCAUGACUGGCAUGUUGCUGGAUUGAUCCCUUCAGUUGUCUUGCUCAACCAAGUCCCUGAAACAAUUGAUGGAUCCUUCCACAGGGGACGGGUAUUUGUGACGACAAAAGAGAAGGUGUUUCAACCUUCAACCCCCGGGAGGCAUGCAACUGAAGUAUGUAACAUACUGCGCUCAGUUGCAAGCUCAGAUGACGUCAACCUAGACAGUCCAAUACUGUUGAUUUACACAGAUGGGGGUCCUGACCAUAGAGUUACAUAUCUAACCGUCAAGCUGUCAUACAUUGCACUGUUUAUCGCUUUGGACCUUGAUGUGUUGAUCGCUGCUAGAUGUGCACCAAAUGGGAGCUGGUUAAACCCAGCGGAAAGAGUCAUGUCAGUCCUCAAUCUUGCCCUUCAGAAUGUUUCCCUUGCAAGGGAGAAGAUGGACAAUCAGUUUGAGGCAAGGGUGAAGGGAAAGUCUAAUCUGACAAGUGUACGACAGGAAGCUCAGACGUGCCCUGGUUUCCAGCAAGCUUUCAACACUUCACUACAACCCGUGAAAGAGCUAGUCAAUGAAAGAUUCAGAAGAAUGCAGUUGAAGGGAGAGAGGAUUGAGACACAUGAAGCAGCAUCAGAUGAACAGAUUGAAGAAAUCAUGAAUGUCCUGUCUAUCAUUGACAGUGAUCUGACAGCCAACAGUGCAAUGUCAAUGCAAGCAAAGGACUUGGCAAAGUAUGCAAAGUUGUCUGACUUUCUGAAGAAUCAUACAAAGCAAACACACUACACAUUUCAAGUCAAGAAGUGCACUGAGCCAGGCUGCUUUGUCUGCAACCUAUGUCCACCACGACUUCCAGCGGAUGUAUUUGAGACCGUCUCCUUCCUACCAGAUCCAACCUUGGAUGUUUCCAGAGAGCAUUACAAGAAGUUUGCUGAAGUGUAUGGGAGCUGCACAACUGAAGAGGACAGGCCAUCACUAAAAAGUCCUAAGUGAAAAGGAUGAGACUGACAAGAAAAGGAGGGGUCUACUAGUAGCUGGGAAGGUCCGGAUGGCUAUCAG